CCGCAGUAAGUGGUUCCGGUGUUCAAGAAGCAAUCGUUUCUCGGUUUCCCGUUCUGGCCGUCCCUUUCCCUUGUGGAGUCUCGAGCUACUCUAUACUUUAGAAACUGCAGCGGCGCACAGUUAAUUGGUCGGGCGUCGCUUCAAGUUACUUUGUUGACAAAUCCGCACCGUCUCCCGACGCAGACUCCUUGCAAACUCCCCAAAUCCGAGAUAUCGCGCGCCAGUCUGGAUUCGUGUUGGAACACGUGCUAGAGCCAUGGCAGACGUUCCUCUCUUUGUGGUGUCGGACUACGUCUCUUCUGAGAGGCGAAUCACGCCGUCGUGGUCCAUCUCGCAGCUUAAAGCUAAGCUCGAGCCCAUCACUGGGAUACCGCCUUCUUGUCAAAAGAUUUCCCUCAGAACUUCGUCCAACGAGCAGAUCGCGAUAGAGGCCCCGGACGAGGAGUCGGUGUACUUGCAACAGUUCCCUCUCAAGCCAUAUUCCGAGCUACUGAUUGCCGAUACACGGCCCGUCUCAGCGAGGCCCAACUUCUCCAAUACAGCCGAGGUCGAGAAGUACGUGUUGCCAGAGGAGGAGUACGAGAAGAAGACGGAUUCUGUCCUCGCCUGGAAGAAGGCCGAAAAGCUAGGGCGGUUUAACCCCAACGCUCCCAGCCAAGAGCAGGCCAAAAUUGCGGCGAUUGCCCAGGAGAUUGAAGCUCGCGGGAUCGCCGUCGGGAAGCGAUGCAAGGUCGGCGGAGACGACUCCAGGCGAGGGGAGAUCAAGUAUGUGGGUGACGUGAAAGAGAUCCCCGGCGUGGGAGCGUGGGUUGGUAUCCAACUGGAUGAGCCGGUCGGCAAGAACGACGGAAGCAUCGGUGGCACCCGGUACUGGGGCGAAGCAUCGGAACUCAAGCGUGGCGUGUUCGUCCGGCCGGAGCGGGUCGAGGUUGGUGACUUCCCAGUGCUGGACGAUCUUGAGGAUAUGGAAGAGAUCUAGAGGAUGGACGUAGCCCAGUCUCGAAUUUGACUCGGGUGGCGCCGGCGUGCCGACGACGAGUCAGUUGUAUCGCCAGGUUAUCAUGGCACGGGCGCGCGUGCAUAAUCGAUAUGGUAGGAGCCCCCUGUCCAACUCUGUGAUUGUGCUGUAUUGGAGCCUUUGUGUCAAGUCAACCCUACCAGUUCGAG